AUGGUCUUUUUCGUCUCCGUAAAGCUUGUGAGAGGGCGAAAAGAACUUAAUUUAUUCAGUACAUAUGCAAGCUUUGAGAUUGUUUCAAUGUAUGAUGGAGUUGAUUUAUACACAUACAUCACCAGAACCAGAUUUAAAGAGCUAAAUACCGAUCUCUUCAGAGGCACGCUGGAACCGGUUGAAAAGGCUUUACGUGAUGCCAAAAUGGACAAGGCUCAUGUCAUGGACAUCGUCUUGGUCGGUGGCUUCACCAGAAUUCCAAAUGUCCCGAAACUACUUCAGGACUUUUUCAUUGGAAAGGAGCUGCACAAGGGCAUCGACCUCGAUGAGGCCGUUGCUUAUGGAGCAGCUGUUUAGGCUGCCAUCCUCCAUGGUAAAUCUAAAGAGGUACAGGACCUCCUACUGCUGGCUGUGGCCCCAUUGUCUCUGAGUAUCGAGGCCGCUGGAAAACAUCAUUUUGAAUGA